CGAGUGCAUCAGUUGAGGAGAGUGCCUCAGAGAGAAAAUGGCUGUUGUCGAGUCACUGCUGCAGUUUUCCAGCACAGGUACAUUACUGGGAGCUUUGCUGUUGCUUCUGGGUUUGUAUUUGCUUUCCUCUGGAUCCAAAUCUCAGACAGAAGGUAAAGAGCCACCGGGACCCAAACCACUGCCACUGUUUGGGAACCUCCUGAACCUUGACCUCACGAGACCCUUUGACAGCUUUUGUGAGCUCUCCAAAACCUACGGGAACAUAUUCCAAGUGUUUUUGGGUCCUAAAAAAAUGGUGGUCUUAGUUGGAUACAAAACAGUCAAAGAAGCUCUUGUGAACCAUGCUGAAGAGUUUGGCGACAGAGAUAUUGCACCUAGUUUCCGGAUAAUGAAUGACGAGAAUGGGAUCGUAUUUUCAAAUGGAAAGAACUGGAAAGAGAUGCGAUGCUUUGCUCUCAGCAACCUACGGGACCUUGGGAUGGGCAAGAGAGGAAGUGAAGUGAAAAUCAUAGAGGAAAUUCAGUAUCUCGAAGGAGAGUUUGAUAAGUUUGAAGGGAAACCCUUCGACAUGACACAGCCUGUGAACUAUGCUAUGUCAAACAUCAUCUCAUCUAUCGUGUACGGCAACAGAUUUGAAUAUACAGAUCCUCGAUUCACUGAAAUGGUCGACAGUGCAAAUGAGAACGUUUACUUUGCUGGAUCAACUUCCAUGAUGAUUUAUAAUAUAUUUCCGUGGUUGGGUCCAAUCCUAAAACAAAAAAGGAUUAUUGUAAAAAAUAUUGUGCAAAGUAGACAACAUAUGACUAAGUUGAUCAAUGGACUUCUGGAGACUCUGAAUCCCCAUGACAGCAGAGGAUUUGUCGAAUCCUUUCUCAUCCGCAAACAAAGCGAUGAGCAAUCAGGCAAGAAGGACUCAUACUUUCACCAGGACAAUCUUAUGAUGUCUGUGACAGAUCUGUUUAUUGCUGGUACUGACACCACAGGAACGACUCUGCGCUGGGGUUUGAUGUUUAUGGCCAAAUAUCCUAAUAUACAGGAUCAAGUUCAGGAGGAGAUUGACAGAGUGAUCGGUGGACGUCAGCCAGUGGUGGAAGACAGAAAGAAAUUGCCAUAUACAGAUGCUGUGAUUCAUGAAACCCAGAGACUGGCAAACAUAGUACCCUUGAAUCUCCCUCAUAUGACAAGCUGUGAUGUUACCUUAAAUGGAUACUUCAUCAAGGAGGGCACCACUGUAGUACCUCUGCUGACAUCUGUUUUGAAGGAUCCAAGCGAAUGGGAAAAACCAAACAGCUUUUACCCAGAACACUUCCUUGAUGAGAAGGGCCAGUUUGUGAAGAGAGAUGCUUUUAUGCCCUUUUCUGCAGGCCGCAGGAUGUGUCUUGGAGAGAGUUUGGCCAGGAUGGAGCUCUUCCUGUUCUUCACUUCCCUCCUUCAGAGCUACCGCUUCACAACUCCACCUGGAGUGUCUGGAGAUGAGCUGGAUCUCAAAGGAGUAGUCGGGUUGACUUUGAAUCCAUCUCCACACAAGCUGUGUGUGAUCAGACGCUCCUGAAUGAAGAAAAUAUCAGAAAAAAAACAGACACCUUCUCACCUCUAUUUAGAAGGAUUUGGGUGAUUGUUGUUUUACGUCAUCACAUUACAUUUAUAUUACAUUUAGUCAUAGCAGACGGUUUUAUCCAAAGUGACUUACACAUGAGGACAUUGAAAGCAAUCCGAAUCUACAAAAAGAGCAAUGAUAUACAAGUGCUAUAAAAAGUCUCAGUUACAGUACCUUAACACAGUACACAUAGCAAGGGGUUUUUAAAUAUAAUAAAUAAAAAGAAAACAGAUAAAAUAGAAAAAGAAUAGAGCAAGCUCAUGUUAGAGGUCUUUUUUGAUUUUGUUAAUUGUAUAAUAACUGAGAAGAAAUGAAAAUGGAUAGAAUACAAAAAUAUUAGAAAGCUACAGUAGUUAAUUUUUUUUUAAGAAACAAAGUAGCAAAGUUUUUUGGUCUAGUUGGAUAAACUG